GGGCCCAGCCGCUCCGCAGCAUGUGGGAUCUUCCCAGACCGGGGCACGAACCCAUGUCCCCUGCAUCGGCAGGCGGACUCUCAACCACUGCGCCACCAGGGAAGCCCCUGAAUUUGUCUUUAAAAACAUCAUUCUUGCAGCAUUAUGGAGGGUGACUUGGGCUUGGGAAAGGCUGGUGGCCUGGAAACCAGAGUAUCACUGCAAUAUUUCAGGUGAGAUAAUAAAAGUCUGACCUCAGGCAAUGACAGUAGGGAGGCAGCAGUGCUCAUGUGACAAGCAUGACUCAGGUACAAUCGACAGUCCUGGGUGACUAGUUCAAUGCUGGAGGAGGGGAAGAAGUGGAGUGGAGUUUGUCACCAGAAAGAGUGACCUCAGGUGAAACAGGUUGUAUUGGGAACGGGGGAGGGCAGAAUGGGGCAGGGAAAUAAGUUUGGUGUUGGUUUGGUUCAGGUGGAGAGCCAGAUGAUAGCCAUAGAAAUGCCAAAACAUGAUAUAACAACUAAUGGAACUCCAAAGGCAGAACCCUUUAGUAAAAUGGAAAAUAGGGAUUUAUGAGAGGUUUAUAUGAUUUAUGUGGAGCUGAGCACUUGGAAAUUACUGUAAAUGGUAUUUGAAGCCAGAGAAAAUGUGAAAUAAGUUUAGGUAGAGUCCCAUCUUUAGUUAAAAAAAACAAUUAGGAUAACCAGUUAAAUUUGAACUUCAGAUAAAAAAUGAGUAAUUUUUACUAUAUUCCAUGCAAUGUUUAAGACGUACUUAACCUAAAAACUAGUUAUUAUUUGAGAUCCAAAUUUAACUGGGCACCAUCUGACAACCAUAACAGAUAUGGCAAACAGAAAGGCCUACAGGGACCAGGAAAGCCGUUUCACACAGUAAGGUGCGUGAGAAGUACAUUGGAGGGUGUGCAGGCUGCGCAGCCUGGAACAUCUGUGUCCCAUCCCCAAGAGCAGCUGCUGCCCAGCUCCAGCUGCUUGGGUGUGCAGAGAGGAUCUCCAGAUGGUCCAAUAGUCUAGUGGUUCAAGACAUAAUAUAAAGAUAAUAUAAAUUUAAAAAUAUAUGGAAUAUCCCAAUUUUUAAAGGGGACAAUCAGUAGAAAUAAAGAACACUGUGAGGUACAAGCAAAGCAGGUCUGUGGGCUCCGUAAGGCACAGGGCGACGGGUUUGUAACCUCUGAUCUGACCGCUACAAAGUGGGUGGAGCAGGUUUGUAACCUGUAAAUUAUAUUGCUUUGCUAUGUCAGGGUGAAUAGUAUUUGGGUGUGGGGAAGGGAUGGCAGCAGGGGGACGAUUCCCUCCUGCAAAAGGUGAGACAUAGAAGCGGCUUCUCUAGCCACGACUCUGUGCUCUCGCCCCUCAGUGCCUGAGUUGUGCCCCACUGGCCACUCUCCCCAUAGCUGGGCAAUGGCCAAAGUCCACAGGGCUGUGCUGCUGCUACCUGCUCCCGCUGGGCCUGAGGAGAUGAGCCCGCCCUACCAGCCUUUCAGGCAGCGAGGCAGGAGCAAUUGGGGUUUUGAAAGCUUUCAUCAGAAGAUUGUGGGCGGAAGCUGCCCCGGGUUUGCUCUGAGCUUCUUGAGGCUUCUCAGCUUCAGAUGCAAAGUGAGUGGGUGUCUCUUUGAGAAGCAGAAAGAGGGAAAGAAAGAACGAAAGAGAGGUGUCUCCCUGGGUUCUGGAAACUCUAUAAAGAGAGAGCCGGCUCCUUUCUCUCAAGCAGUCAGAAACAGGAGUCCCAUCCUUGACACCCGGGACUCCCCAGGAUUGACAAGGCGGAAAACCCUUGGCUGGGCGCUGGCCCGAGGCACUGGCUGCCAUGCAGCAGCCCUUGAAUUAUCCAUACCCCCAGAUUUUCUGGGUGGACAGCAGUGCCAGCUCUCCCUGGGCCUCUCCAGGGUCAGUCUUCCCCUGUCCGCCCUCUGUGCCAGGAAGGCCGGGGCAAAGGAGGCCACCACCACUACCACCACCUCUGAAGAAGAGGAGGGACCACAACACAGGCCUGUGUCUCCUUGUGAUGUUUUUCAUGGUUCUGGUGGCCCUGGUUGGAUUGGGGAUGGGACUAUUUCAGCUCUUCCACCUGCAGAAGGAACUGGCCGAACUCAGAGAGUCCACCAGCCAAAGGCAUACAGAAUCAUCUUUGGAGAAGCAAAUAGGUCACCCCAAUCCGUCCUCUAAGAAAACGGAGCUGAGAAAGGCAGCCCAUUUAACAGGCAAGCCCAACUCAAGAUCCACCCCUCUGGAAUGGGAAGACACUUAUGGAAUUGCCCUGGUCUCUGGGGUGAAGUAUAAGAAGGGCAGCCUUGUGAUCAAUGAAACUGGGCUGUAUUUUGUGUAUUCCAAAGUGUACUUCCGGGGUCAGUCCUGCAACAACCAGCCCCUGAACCACAAGGUCUACACGAGGAAUUUUAGGUACCCCCAGGACCUGGUGCUCAUGGAGGGGAAGAUGAUGAACUACUGCACUACUGGCCAGAUGUGGGCCCGCAGCAGCUACCUGGGGGCUGUGUUCAAUCUCACCAGUGCUGACCAUUUAUAUGUCAAUGUAUCUGAGCUCUCUCUGGUCAGUUUUGAGGAAUCUAAGACAUUUUUUGGCUUAUAUAAGCUCUAAGAAAAGCACUCUGGGAUUCUCUCCAUUAUGGUUUCUUGUUAUAGGCACUGAGAAUGUUGUCUUGAAUGAGGGUCUUCUUAAGUCCACUUGAGGUCAAGAGAGAAGACAUGAACCAAGAGGAUCUUGAGACCACAGGGUCCAGCGGUUCUACAGUUCCUUAUCUCACAUAAGGUCCACGAGCCAGACAGGAGGAAGACUAGGAGUAAUGAACAUGAAACUCUGGGCUGCCAUGUGAAGAUGCAGAGGCAGGGAAAAGCAGCUACCAGGGUGUUCUACACUCAUCUUAAGUGGCCUAGCACACUUUGGUACACUGAAAAUGACACCUUUUAACUCACCUCUUGGGGUGGGUCUACUGUCUACCUCAGGGGAGGCUGUCUUUCACGUAUAUGGAUGCAACAUGAAUGUAUAAGGGGUGGGAAAAGAGGACUAAGCUUACAUGAUAAGCUAAAGAGACUAAAAGACCAGUGUCCCACUGGCAGCAUCUUUACUUCUAAAUGCAUAGCCUGAGUCAUCAGGUGAUGCUAACAGAGAAGCAAGGGAGAUCUUUUGAGGACUCAGUCCAUUCCCUAUAUAGCAUGUAUAUUUCCAGUGCAAUUGUAGGGGUGUGCGUGUGUGUGUGUGCGCACAUGACUAGAAGAGUUACAUAAGUAGAGAGAACGUGGAGAUUGGGAAGGACACGUUAGGAAAAUAUGGGUUGCAUUUGGUGGUAGAUUUUGAAUGCUUUUUGGGCAACCGACUCUAAUAGUCCUCAAAACUCUUUGAUUGUCAGUUAUUAAAGCUGUUUUCCCAUAAUAUAACUAAUAUUUAUAUAUAUUUUGUGCAUUUUUAAUGAACAGAAUACAUGUAACAAAAACUAUUUUAGAGUACAGAUAAACAUUGAGUGUCCUUUUUGGAAAUCACUAAGAUCUGGAUUUUUUCCUUAUUAUUUUUUUCUUCCAUAGCUUCCUCAUUCGUUAUGACUUAAGUCCACUUUAAGAAGAAUUUACUAGGGUGAGAAGAGCUGUGAGGCAAAUCUUUGCAUCUUUGCCAGGCUCUCCUCUCCUCACUAUAUUCUCUUUCCCCUCCAUCUCCCACUAUCCAGAGUUUCCAUUACCAAUAUUAUUGCCAGUGUUAAGCUCACCCAACUUCUCAUAGAUCUGAUGACAAUUUGUCUUUUCCUGGGGGCAGAGAUGUGGCAUAGUGGAAAGGGCAUAGACUUUGGACUAAAAAACCUGAAUUUGAAUCUUUGUUCCUCUACUUACUAACUAUGCAAUCACUGGACAGAUCACUUGACUGUUUUGGACAAAAAGGGGCUGAUAUGUACUUAUAGUAUGUAACACAUCAUAGAAUGUCAAACAAUAGUGUCUGCCAUUAUUAAUAAGCCAAUCUGUAGGAGGCACUUCAUUCUCUAGAAGAAGCCACUGAUCUGAGGGAUCCAUUCAAACACCUGGUUUCUUGCCUUCUCACCUUGGUCUCACAAUAACCUCUUCCUAUUUUCUCCAAAUGCUCAUUACCAUGACUUCUCCCUAGACUCUGUCAUCAUUAAAAAUAACAACAUCUCCUCUGAAGUUUGAUUUCAGACACCUUAUUUUCACAACAUCAUGUCCUUUUUCCAACUCAGUUGGUCCAACAUUUUCUCUCCUAAAAAUAUGUAUAUAUAUUUUACUGUGUUGUGACAUCUACUUAAUACAUGCUAUCAUCUUCUUAUAUAUCCAUCAGCUCCUUCUCUAUCUUCACUCUUUUUUCUAUCCAGCUUCGGUUCCACGAUCUGUCGUUACAAUAAGUACCUUGGAAA